CCAAUAAGAAGAAAGAAAAGGAGCGUCCUGAAAUUUCUCUCCCUUCAGACUUCGAACACACAAUCCAUGUUGGCUUCGAUGCCGUCACUGGGGAAUUCACACCAGCUCUCUGUGGCUCACAGAUGUAUACAGGGAAACUCUCUGAGGGCAUUCCUGAGCAGUGGGCCAGGCUAUUACAGACUUCCAACAUUACCAAACUGGAGCAGAAGAAAAACCCACAAGCUGUUCUGGACGUUCUCAAAUUCUACGAUUCCAAAGAGACGGUCAACAAUCAGAAAUAUAUGAGUUUUACAUCAGGAGAUAAAAGUGCCCAUGGCUAUAUUGCAGCCCAUCCCUCGAUUUACACACGUUCAGUGAUAGAGCCUGUUGCUUCACCAGCCUCAGUGAAAGAGUCAACAGUCCCCCAGCCUGAAAAUUCAAACACAAGCACUUUGUAUAGAAACACAGAUCGGCAACGGAAGAAAUCCAAGAUGACCGACGAAGAGAUUCUAGAGAAAUUAAGUGAGCAUUUAUUUUUCUUUAGUAGUCAUUUGCUGACAAAAUCACAUAACGGAGUUAGGAAAAUGACAGAAAUGAGAACAACCAUGAGUAUUUUAAGAUCUUCUAAUUACAGUGAGAAGUUACAUUGUCAUGACAUGGUACACAGCAUCAGGCUAGGGUCAACCAGCUGCAUUUCUCACAUAAUAUAAUAAGGAUCAGGCACAGUAGCUCAACGGUUAAGACACUGCAGGUUUGAGACCCGAGCACCACACAAUGGGUGAGCUCUUGUCCUUGCCU